AUGACCGACGCCGCGGGCGGGUCGGAUCCGCCCGCGCCGCCCCACGCCGUGGUGUGCGUCCUCGGCCAGACGGGCGCGGGUAAGACCAGGCUCGCGGUGGACAUCGCCCUCGAGAAUGGCGGUGAGGUUGUGAACUGCGACGCCAUGCAGGUGUACGCGGGUUUGCCCAUCGCCACCGCGCAGGCGUCCGCGGAGGAAAUGCGCGGGGUGCCGCAUCACAUGCUCGGGUGCGUCGACCCGACGGGCGCCGUGGCAUCCGAUGCCGUCGCGGGAGGCGACCGCGCCCCGGGGUCCCUCGCCGGCGCCAUCGACGUGCGGGACUUCAGGGACGCCGCGCUCGGGGUCAUCGCGAACGUGAUCGCGAGGGGUAAGACGCCGGUGCUGGUGGGCGGGAGCGAUUACUACCUCCGCGCGGUGGUGAGCGAGUCGCUGCUGGACGAAGGAGAGGACGCGCGAGCCGUCGAGUCCUCGGACGAAGACCAAGACGACGCGGACGCGGCGACGAGAAAAACAAAAUUGGACCGGACGAAGGGGGAACCGACGGUGGGACCAAACGAUACGCGGGACGAGGCGGCGGCGCUCGCGGCUCACGCGAGGCUCCGCGAGGUCGACCCAGUCUCCGCCGCCAAGAUCCACCCGAGAAACACGCGCCGGGUCCGGCGGUACCUCGAGAUACGCGACUCGACGGGUGAACCGGCGAGCGAGAUAUUCGCGCGGCGACGACGCGCCGCCGCCGACGCGAUGAGAUUUCGCUCGCUGUUCCUGUGCAUGCGCGCGACGAACGACGAGCUGGACCUCGCGCUGCGUCGUCGGGUGGACGCCAUGUUAGCCGCCGGGUUGGUGCGGGAGCUGGAGGCGUUCGCCGCGAAGGCAAAGGCGCGCGGGGCGAGCGACGACGCGAGGGGCGCGUCGCAGAGCAUCGGGUUCCACGAGUGGGGGAGGUACCUACGCGCUCGAGGGUUCGAGUGGACGAGCGGCGAGGGGAAGGAUGGCGAUGCCGGCGAGGGCGAAGAUGUCGAUGCGCUGAGGGCGGAGGCGGUCGAGGCUAUGAAGGCGGACACGUGUCGCCUCGCGCGGCGGCAGCUGCGACGGUGUCGGCGGCUCGAGCGCGCAUUCGGGUGGAGAGUUAUUUAUCUGGACUCGACCGCGACGCACGCGGGUCUGAGGGUCGGCGACGACGCGGCGGCGCGAUCGGCGUGGGCGAAGGACGUGCGGGAGCCGGCGCUGGCGGCGACAGUCUCGUUUUUGGCGGGGGAGGAUCCUGGCGGCGGCGGGGCGGCUCCGUCGGAGGAGGAGCCGUGGACAGAGCGGCGAUGCGAGGCUUGCGACAAGACGCUGCGGGGCGAGACGGAGUGGCGCUCUCACGUGGAGGGAAAGAGACACAGGAAUCGGAUCGCGGCGCUCAGGAAGAAACGGGAGGGGAAGCACGGCACUCGGCAACAGGCGUCCGCGGAGUCGUGA